GGAGGUCGCCCCAGUGACUCCAGCCGGGCUUCUCUUUUUCCUCGUUCGACUCGCGCCGGCUCAACCUCGACGUCGUCGAAGGUCGUCUACGACGGAGCCCGCGCAGCUAAGGAGCCAUGAACGGGCCCGUCGUGCUCGGCCUCAUCCUGAGGACGCUCUUCUCCUCCAUGGCGUACGACGUGGAGCGUCCCACCAAGCUGGGUCCCGUGGGCGGACGGAAGCUCGAGGUGCUGGGAACAACCAUCGAGGAGUACCGAGGCAUCCCGUACGCGGAGCCACCCGUGGGAGAGCUGCGCUUCAAGCCCCCAGUGCCCGCCAAGGCCUGGGACGGCACUCUGGACGCGAGCAGCCAUCGUACGGGGUGUCCGCAGCUGAACGCGAGAGGCGGCGAUCUGCUGAGCGGAGACAUCAAGUACGGCGAGGACUGCCUCCACCUGAAUGUGUGGACGGCGGAGGGGAACCGGAAGCGGCCAGUGCUUGUGUGGAUUCACGGCGGGGGAUUCAACUACGGCUCGGCCUCGUACGACAACUACACCGGCGCCGUGAUCGCCGCCAAGACGGGCCUAGUGGUGGCCUCGAUGAACUACCGUCUCGGGGUGCUGGGCUUCCUCAACGCCGACACGCCCGAGGCGCCCGGCAACGUGGGACUGCUCGAUCAGAACCUUGCUCUCAAGUGGAUCAAAAAGAACAUCCGGAACUUCGGCGGCGACCCUACGCGCAUCACCCUGUUUGGGGAGAGCGCAGGUGCCAAGAGCGUGCACGCGCACCUGCUGUCCCCGAUGAGCCGCGGCCUGUUCCACCGGGCGAUCGCCAUGAGCGGUGUCAUGGUGAUGCCCGACUUCUCCGAUCCGGUUCAUCGAAGCGUCGCCAAGGGGGACGCCGUGGCCGCCAUCGUCGGUUGCCGCUCGGCCGACAUGACUCUCGACUCGCAGCCGGACACGGUCAUCGACUGCUUGCGGACAAGAUCUGCCGACGAGCUCGUGGUGGCGGCGUCCGAGGCGGUUCCGGGAAAGUUCUUCCCCUUCGUGCCCACUUACCACGACCAGUUCCUGCCCAAGGUCCCCGCAGUGGCCGUGCGCAAGGGUUUCUUCGAUGCCAGCGUCGACCUCCUCACGGGCGUCACAUCUGACGAGGGCGCCACGGCACUCGUUUGGCCACGGCCUUGGCCCGAACUGCUGUCCGAUCAGCUCGACAGCAUGGACCGCGAGACACUCAAGAGCUCGCUCACUCAGGUGGUGUCUUCGUGGAUGGGCGACGAUGCGGCCGAGCUCCUGGAGCAGUACGCAGCCCGUUCGACGGACGGUGCCGGGCUGCGACGCCAGCUGGUGGACUACCUGGGCGACCGGCUGUUCGUGUGCCCCAUGCACGCGGCAGCCGCUGCUCACGCGUCCCGUAACGGCUCCGUGUACUCGUACGUGUUCGACCAGUGGUCGAGCUCGCGUCCGCGGCUCAGCUGGGCUGGCGUCGGCCACGGCAUGGACCUGCUCUACACGUUCGGCCUGCCACUCCUUCACCCGGAGCACUUCGACGACCAGGACGCGAGGGCGUCCGAAAACUUAAUCGCCAUGAUCGCCACUUUCGCCGAGAAAGGCGUUCCCGAGUACCCAGCGGUACCUGCCUGGCCAAAAUACUCGGCUGACUCACCAGUGUCACUUCGUCUGGCGCACGACAACGUCACCGAAGUGUUUGGCUUCGGCUCUGACAACUGUGAUCUCUUCCGUCAGUACUUCUAAAGUCGCGUUUCCGAAGCCAUAGCACCUCCACGCCGAAGACAGAGUGCAGCAUUCUACUCAGCUGAGCCUGUUGGCACAAGUAAAUGAUCGAAGAAAUCGCUCAACAAGACAGGACGGAGGAAGCGUGGAAUGAAUUGAUCUCCGACACUCGUGGUUUGAACCGAAGACAUCCGCCGGUUAAAAGAAAAAAAUAAAGGCAAACCGGUGUAAACCAUAA